AUGCCCGGUGUACGCCAAGAACCCCUGCACCUCGCAGCGAUACCGGAGAAUCCGUUCCAAAACUACCCGGUGAAAUCCUAUCUGCAUAAACCAAAUGUCAUUCCGUCCUAUGUGCUAGACAGUAUAUCGAAGUACGAAACCCACCAAAAGGCCACGCUCUCCCCGGAAGAACUACAACAACAACAGCAACUACAGGAUGUCUAUCGCUACUCGGGCAUCACAGAUGACCCCUAUAUUCGAAGCAUUGGAGGCUCAUGGUACCAAUUCAAAGAAUCGAUCUCGACGCCAAUGACUUACCCAAAGUACAAGAUCAGUCGAGGGACGGACCAUUUGGAUAAAUACGACUGGAACUCCCCCUGGGGCGGAGAAGAAAGACUACGCAAGGAGUUUGGCUACUCGAGCGACUCGGACGCCACGAAAGUGCCCGGUUUAUUCAGCUUUUUCCGGUCCAAGGACCCCGAUGACGACAAGCCAAAGACCUCGGCGACGUACUGGAUGCAGAGCAGCUCGCGGACCCAGCUCAAGCAGCGAAUCAAGAAGAUAUUCAUGUUUGACCCCUUGGUGCCGCUCAUCUUGCGGAUCUUCACCCUCAUCUUCUGCGCCGUGGCCUUGGCUUUAGCUUGCAGCAUCUUUGUCUUUAGCAACCACGAGUACAACGGCCGCCCCGUGCAGCAGCAAGCGAGCACCAUCAUGGCGAUAGUGGUGCAAACGUGCGCCUUGGUCUACGUGAUGUACAUCGCGUGGGACGAAUACACUGGGAAACCCUUGGGGCUCAGGGAACCAAUGAGCAAGUUGGGGCUCGUGUUGUUGGACUUGUUGUUCAUCAUCUUCUCCUCGGCGAACUUGUCCUUGGCGUUCAACACCAUGUUUGACGACGAAUGGGUGUGCGAGAUAUACCGCAACCCGGACAUCUUGAACCUGUUGAAGUUGUUUCCGGUUAUCUCGUCCAUCUGCGUUCGACAGCGGGCGUUGGCCUCGUUUCUCUUUGUUGUCUUGGUUACAUGGGUCUUGACUUUUACGAUAAGCUUGCUCCGAGUGAUUGAUAGAGUCAAUGCUCCAAAAUAG